AUGCGGUUUGGGAAAACCCUCCGUGCUGCGGUGUACCCUCCCUGGAAAGGGAAGUACAUUGACUACACCAAGCUUAAGACCUUGCUGAGAGAGAAUGAUGUCACCCGGAACGGAGAAGACGCCAGUGAUUCCGAUGAUGAUCAAUGGACUGAGCAAGAUGAGGAAGCCUUCGUGCAGGAACUGCUCAAUGUUGAACUGGAUAAGGUAAAUUCUUUUCAAGCAGAAACAUCGCAGCAACUCCGAGAACGGACAACGGCAUGUGAAGUUAAACUUCGACCAUUGGCAUCUACUCCGGAGCAAGAAACGCCUGUCCUCGAUGAACAAAAGAAAAGGGCUAUUGCCUCAGAAGUUCUACAAGAACUCGAUAACAUCACCAAGGAAGUUAGUGCCUUGGAAAAGUACAGCCGAAUCAAUUUCACUGGUUUCCUUAAGGCUGCAAAGAAGCAUGAUCGCAAACGAGGUGCUCGGUACCGGGUGAAGCCUUUGCUCCAAGUGCGACUGUCGCAACUGCCAUUCAACUCGGAGGACUAUUCGCCGUUGGUCCAUCGGCUCUCGGUGAUGUACUCCUUUGUUCGAGAGACCCUCAGCCAUGACAUUGUGCAACCAAGGGAGACAGAGCAUGGAUUUGGCCGUGAGACUUAUUCAUCUUACAAAUUCUGGGUUCAUUCAGACAACGUUUUGGAGGUCAAGACCCACAUCCUUCGCCGAUUGCCGGUUCUUAUCUACAGGCCGGGAACUUCCAAGGACCUCGAUACCAUCACUGAAGACCCUACCAUUACGUCCCUCUAUUUCGAUUCCCCUCAGUUUGAUCUCUACAAUCAAAAGGUCGCACGAGCACCCGAAGCCGGUUCUUUGCGACUGCGUUGGACGGGAUCACUGAAAGACAAACCUACCAUCUCAUUGGAAAAGAAGAUUGUCACCGACGACGACGAAAGCCGACAAGUCAAGGUACAGCUCAAAGACAAGCACAUUAGGGAAUUCUUGGACGGCGAAUAUCGCUUCGAUAAAAAGCUCCAUCGCAUGGAGGAUUCAAACAAUGGCGAGUCGGCGGCCGCCGCCGAGGCCUUGAAAAAGGACGUGGAUGAGCUGCAGUCAUUCAUCAAGGACAAUGACCUGCAACCCAUGCUCCGGGCCAACUACACGCGCACCGCCUUUCAAAUUCCUGGCAAUGAUCGCAUUCGUAUUUCCCUCGAUACCAACCUUGCGCUCAUUCGGGAAGAUUCCCUCGACGGCGAGCGUCCAUGUCGCGACCCAGCUGAGUGGCACCGUACCGACUUGGACAAUGCCGACAUGACUUAUCCCUUUAACGCUGUCAGGACUGGAGAGAUCACUCGCUUCCCUCACGCUUUGCUCGAGAUCCAGCUUCGAGGCAAGGCCCAUAACACCGAGUGGGUCAAGGACCUGAUGGUCUCCCACCUUGUCAAGGAUGCUCCCCGCUUCUCCAAGUUCGUCCACGGCGUUGCCUCACUAUUUGAAGACUAUGUCAACAGCUUCCCCUUCUGGCUUGGUGAACUUGAAAGUGAUAUUCGCCGUGAUCCGGAAACCGCAUUCCACGAGGAGCAAGAGCGACUUGCUCGACGAGCGGAGGAGAACAUAGCAGUGGGAAGUUUCAUGGGAGACGCGCGCAGCCCAAGCGUUCGCCCACAAAUCGGGUCACCUUACCACCCAUACUCUAAUACAGGCUCUCCCUCGGCCAUACGGAGAUCCUCGGCAGUCAUCGAACCUGCUGCCCGGCCUUCGCGUCCAUCCAUCCCAGAGCCCCAGCGCCGUGAUACCGAACCCGCUCCCGAACCAGAGGAAGAAGAACCCGAGCCGCCCACUCGCCUUGAGUCCAUCUUUGAAUUCUUUGGGCUAUCUCCUCAGCGCUGGCUUGGGGAAUCGGUCUCCCUACCGCCUGGCGUUCGACACCCCGGCGUCUGGAUCAAAGAUGCGGGACCCGUUCGGGUGGAAAGUAAGGUUUACCUUGCCAACCAGCGAACAUUCAUCAAAUGGCUUCACAUCAGUAUCCUUCUGUCGAGUUUGUCCCUAGGCCUCUACAAUGCUGCUGGCAAGCACAACCAGGUAGCCCAGGCACUGGCUAUUGUCUACACCUUCUUCGCCAUCUUCGCCGCAGUCUGGGGAUGGUUCAUAUACGAGAAACGGGCCCGUCUCAUCCGCCAGCGGAGUGGAAAGGACCUAGACAACAUGCUCGGUCCUAUCGUAGUCUGCAUCGGUUUGGCAAUUGCCUUGGUCCUGAACUUUGUCUUCAAGUAUUCCUCGGCACUCAGUCAAGGCCGCAACCACCCGCUUCCUAAUGUGCCGGUUCACUCUAACUCAUCGGCUGUUUUCGACAGUAGCUCGGGAGGUUCGUGGAGUAACUUGAACCAGGCCCAGCAGGUUUUGUGA